AUGGAAGGGAGAAAUCAAUCCAGAGUCUCAGAGUUCAUCCUCCUGGGCCUUUCGGACCAGCCAGAGCAGCAGAGGCUCCUAUUCUUCUUGUUCCUCCUUAUGUACCUGAUCUCAGGGCUGGGGAACUUACUCAUCAUGCUAGCUAUUAGCUCUGACCCCCACCUCCACACCCCUAUGUACUUCUUCCUCAGUAACUUGUCCUUGGUUGACCUCUGCUUCACCUCCACCACCGUUCCCAAGAUGCUGAAUAAUUACAUAUCCCAAAACAGAACGAUCUCUUAUGCUGGGUGCCUGACACAAGUAUUCUUCUUCCUUUGGUUCGCAGGGAUGGAUAGUGUCCUCCUCACUACCAUGGCUUAUGACCGGUAUGUGGCUAUUUGUGCCUCACUCCACUAUAGCACAGUCAUGACUCCAAAGAUCUGUGCCCUUCUAGUAGGGGUGUCUUGGUUUUGGGCCUAUAAUAAUGCCCUGAUACACACCGUCUUGCUGACCCGACUCUCAUUCUGUGGCCAUAAUGAAAUCCCUCAUUUCUUCUGUGUCAGUCCCCUGCUGAAGUUGGCCUGCUCAGAUACCUUCAUCAAUGACUUGAUGAUCUACACAGUGGGAGCGUUGACAAUAAUUCUCCCCUUCAUUGGAAUAAUGAUCUCCUAUGUUCACAUUUUCAUGGCUGUACUGAAGAUCUCAUCUGUGAGUGGAAAGCAGAAAGUUUUCUCCACCUGUGGAUCCCACCUCACUGUGGUCUGUCUCUUCUAUGGGACAAUCAUUGGAGUGUACUUCAGCCCCACAUCCACCCACACAGCCCAACAAGAUACAGCGGCAACUGUGAUGUAUACUGUGGUCACCCCCAUGCUGAACCCUUUCAUCUACAGCCUAAGGAACAAGGACAUGAAAGGAGCCCUGAAGAUGUUCCUCACUAGGAAACCAGGAUUCACUCUAUGA